GGACGAACCUCUCCAUCUCGCUCACAAUACUAGGAGGAGAACACACUAUGGCCGCCCUCCGAUCAGCCUUGCGCGCAGCGCCUCGAUUUGUCGUGCGUCCGUCGAGCGUCAACGUCACCUCCGCCCUUGCGAAGCGCACCUAUGCCUCUCCAUCUCGACGACCAGCAACGGACGACAAGAGCUUGAGUGAGGCCGAAGAUGCGUCGGAGGAUCUGGAAAUGUCCGACCCCAACAUGAACGGAAAUUAUCCAGACCCAAGCCUGACAUCGGCUCUGCCAGUCAAAAGGCAGUUCCGCGAUCCAUAUGGCGACUGGUGGGACAAGCAAGAACGACGAAACUAUGGCGAGCCAGUCCACGAGGAUAACGAUAUUCUCGGUAUCUUCUCGACAGAAUCAUACACACAUUUCACUCCGGGCUGGGGCGCUGUCCUGCUCGGCACAUUCGUCGGCGCUGUCGGUGUGCUCUGUGGUGUUGUUUACCAAUACUACCCAGACAGACCGUCUGUAUCACGAACGUUUGUCGAUGGCCUUGAAAAAGAGCUUGGUGGACCAAAAGCUCCGCGAGCGCGCAAUGGAACUGAAGGGGACGUGCCUGUGCUGGAACGCCACGUUGUCUGAAGUGGCGAACCGGGCAUGUAUAUAUCCAGCAAGUAGUUCCUUUGUUAUCGUGAAUAUCAGGUAUUUGAUAAAGUUCAAGAUUGUAUAUGGUAAGGUACAUGUAUCAUAACACGAACGGCUAACGCAGGAUACGAGUACAAGCCUGGUUCUGCCUGAGCCUGGGAUUUCCAAAGACUACGCGGAUAGAGCGCAGAGCACGGUAAGUC